UGAGUUCUGACUUCUGACUGACUCUCGCCUGGUGAGGGUGACCUGGGCUGGGGUCCAGACUACUCGCAGUACACUUAUUGAACUAUGGCUACUACUCAAAAUUGUUUAGAUCUAGGUGUUGAUGAUCUUGUUGAUGUUCUUGACUUGUUAAAGAGAUGUGGCUUCCCAGAAAUAAAAUGGCAUGAGCUUGGACUGAGACUAGGACUAAGGAAAAAUACACUGGAUGCUAUUGAAAUGAAGUAUCAUGGUGAUCUGUAUCGUUGUAUGACAGAGUGCCUCUCCCAAUGGCUACGUAGAGUUGAUAAUGUUGACACUAGAGGUGGAGCCAACUUGGACUCACUGUCAAAUGUUUUACGAUUUAUGAAUGAAAGUGCUGUAGCUGAGAAGUUAAAACAUCAUGCUCUUAUUAAUAUUUUUAAUAAUUGUCAUACUGUCCUGUCUCAGUCUCUUUGUGAUUCUGUUGGUAUUGCUUGGUUACUUUAUGCUGAACGUAUGUUAACACAAGAAGCAGUUAGUAGAGUAGUGUCAGCUAGUCCCUCUAUUCCUGAUCAACGUGAGGCUCUAUUAACUGCUUUGAAGAAAUGGAGAUCACUGAAGCAGAAGAACACAUUGAGGCGUAUAAAACAAAGUUAA